AUGGAGGAGGUGGUAGUUCUGAUUGUUGGAGCAGGACCGGCAGGCCUCGCGACAGCAGCGUGCCUUAACCAACUGUCCAUCCCCUAUGUCAUCCUCGAGCGUGAUGAUUGUAGCGCGUCAUUGUGGCGCAACCGUGCAUAUGAUCGCCUCAAGCUGCAUCUUGCCAAGGAGUUCUGCGAGUUACCACACAUGUCCUAUCCGGUAGAUGCCCCCACUUACAUACCAAAAAAUCAGUUUAUCAAGUACUUGGAUGACUACAUUGAGCAUUUCAAUAUUCAGCCGAAAUAUCACACUACAGUCGAGUCAUCUACAUAUGACGAAAAUAAAGAAUGUUGGUCCAUCGUGGCACGAGAUGCAACAAAGUGCACAUCAAUCAGUUACAUGGCAAAAUUUCUGGUUGUGGCAAGUGGUGAGAAUAGUGCAGCUAACAUUCCGAUGAUCCCUGGACUAGAAGGCUUCCCAGGUGUAGCCAUCCACUCAUCAAACUACAAGUCAGGCACACAAUACUCUGGAAAGAAUGUGUUGGUUGUUGGCUGUGGUAAUUCUGGAAUGGAGAUUGCUUAUGACCUUGCAUCUCAUGGUGCCAAUACAUCAAUCGUCAUACGAAACCCGAUUCAUGUAAUGACAAAAGAAUUAAUCCGAUCGGGGAUGACACUAGUACAAUAUCUCCCACUGAAGGUUGUGGAUGCUCUGCUUGUGAUGAUGGCAAAAUUCAUAUUUGGUGACCUAUCCAGGCAUGGCAUCACCAGGCCAAAAAUAGGUCCACUUGUCCUCAAGUCAGAAACCGGACGAUCUGCUGUGAUUGAUGUUGGUACUGCUGGGUUAAUCAAGAAAGGCGUUAUUAAGGUGCUAGGAGGAAUUACCAAGAUCAGUGGCAAAAAAAUUGAGUUUCAAGGUGGGAAUGAAAGCUCAUUUGAUGCGAUUGUGUUUUCUACUGGAUACAAAAGCACGGUGAAUAAUUGGCUCAAGGGUGGUGAGACCAUGUUGAAUAACGAUGGAUUGCCAAACAAAGAAUUCCCAAAUCAUUGGAAAGGUGGUAAUGGGCUCUACUGUGCUGGGUUGGCAAGGAGAGGGUUGGCCGGUAUUGCCAUGGAUGCUAGGAAUAUCGCCAAUGACAUUAAAUCCACCAUCGACUCUAUCUUCAACUAA